AUGACAAUAUCAGGAAAAGCGCCGCCAAAGUUCAAGAAAAAGAUGUGGACUGAAGAGGAAGAUGCUACAUUGGUAUCUUUAGUAGAGAAAUAUGGAGCAUUGAAUUGGGUUGUUAUUGCUCAAAAUAUGCCGAACCGUACGGGAAAACAAUGCAGAGAACGUUACCUGAAUAAAUUUAAGCAAGGUAUCAAGAAUUCCCAAUGGACAGCUGAAGAAGACCAGCUAAUCCUUGAGAAACAAGCUGAAAUGGGAAAUUCUUGGGUUAAAAUUGCAGAGUUCAUUCCAGGUCGUUCUCCUGAUGCAAUUAAAACACGCCACUCCUGGCUGAAAACAAAGAUGGAAAAUAAAAAUAAGCAAACCCAAUUCCCAAAGCAAGUUCCAGUUCAAAAUACAUAUACUGUUACUCCUUUACCACCUGUACCACAACCCCAAAUAAUCACAAUGAUUCCAGAACAACAAUAUACUCCAAUUCACAUCGAAGAACCGCCACCACAAGUCUAUGUUCCAGAACCCAUCAAAGAGCCGCCUAAAGUAGAAGAAAAGGUACUUUUCGUUGAUAGCGUUCCAGUUAAAUCCAAAGAAAAUUGCUUUUUGCCAACAAUUUUUGAAGCGUUUCAAACACCAAAGUUCCCAUGCAGUCCUGGAUCAACAAUUCUCAAUUUCUCGUUUUUGGAUCCAGAACCUGUAAACAAGAAACUUGAAUCAACUGACGAUUACUUAUUUAGCAAUACAGACUCGGUUUUCUCAAAGAGAGACCCGAACUGCUUUUGGAAUAAGCAUUAA